AUGAGCGAUGGAAGCAGUGGUUCUUCCAACAGCGAUAAUGAAACCAAGGACAGAGCUAGACCUCCUGCAGUACCUGGAAUACUUCCGAGUGAAGCGGCUUCUCGUGGUGCUGCUGCGGUAAGAGACCGAGAGGCAAAGGAAGCUGUUCGUCGCAGUCGUUCCAAUCAGCCGGCUGCCAAGCCAGGAGCUCAAUCUUCCGCUUUUAGUGAAGAUUAUACCACUCGAAAACAACAGCGUAAUUCGCGAACUGAAAUCCCUGGAGCAUCCGUGUCUACAGCAAGCGAUGACAAGACAACUCGGAAGCUACAACAAGGUGUAGGUGUAGGUGUAGGUGUAGGUGUAGGAGUGUCUACUACUGAUUCUUUCGAUAAUGAAAUAUCGAAUAACUUGGCUCCGCCUGUUAGAAGUGAACCCUUGGCUCCUUCGAGAUACGAAGUCCAGGCAAUUGCGGUUGACGACACUGCCGAAGAGGAUGAGCGUGUCCGAAAAUUGGAAGCGCAAAUGCAAGCCAUGAUUGCCAGCCGAAAUGCCGCGGUACCAGCCGCACAAGUCAGACCUGCAAACCUGAAUGAUGAUUCAGAGGAUGAGGACGACGACGACGAACAUGAGAAAUGCCAUCAGAAAUACCCAGGCGUCAUCUUCUGUCUCAUACUUUUAGGCAUAGGAGGAGGAGUGGCUGGAUAUCUCGUCGGACAAGGUGGUUCUGAGGAACCUGAACCUUUGUUUACAAACACUCCAGCUCCCACGCCUCCACCAACCGUUGCUCCAACACCAUUUCUUUUUUUCGAACCUCCCAGUGAUGCCGAAUGCUUUGCGAUUGCAAAUGGUGUUCCUUUGAACGAUCAAGAAUUCUUGAAUACAACUUCUGUCAGCGUUUCAUUUGAUGUCAGUCUGGUGGCAGAUCAAGACACCACCUUGUGGCUGGCACCGUUUGAGCAAGGACUGCAAAGCAAUUUCGUUCCUGCUCUGGCAGGAUGUCGUCGUCGUCGUCUAUUGGAGGAAGAAAACAAUCGAGAUUUGCAGAGUGAUCUCCGAUAUGCUAUUGCCGAUGCGGAUUCAGCAUUGGUCUAUCUACCAGACGAAUCUUGUAGCAGUGGUGCAGAUCAACCAUGCAAACGCGUGCAGGUCCUUAUGGGCUUGUAUGUAAAGGACGAGUUUGUAUCCUUCUUUGAUAUUGUCAAUAUAUUUUACGAAGUCGCUGGCUCGGAUAAAGCUGCAAAUGUUGGCGUCUUUGGUCUGUCGACUACUCAGUUCAAAGGGGUAUCGAUUGCGACGAUCGACAACCUUUCACCUACCGAAGCGCCAACACCAAAUCCGACUGACUAUCCAACGCCAACACCUGGGACACCAGCCUCUCCAGGGUCGCGGAGAGGGUUAUUGAACUCCCUACUUUCUGAACACCGUCCACUGCAAACCGACGCAUUCAACUGGCUUGUUAAUACCGAUACAUGGGCGCCUGCUGCCAAUGCAUUCAAUGCGGAAGAUCAAUGGCGUGAGAGAUAUGCCAUGGCUGUCUUUUACUACGCGACCGGUGGUGAUCGAUGGACGGAGAACCGAAACUGGCUCUCGCCAAGGUCUAUAUGUACGGGGUGGUUUGGCAUUAACGAUUGUCAGGAUAACCAAGUUCUCGAUCUCACGAUUGUAGCCAACAACUUGAUUGGAACCUUGCCUACAGAAUUGGGGUUACUCUCGCGUCUUGCCAAAGUGGCACCAUUUGAAAACCGAAAUCUCUCGGGAUCCAUUCCUACCGAGUUGGGUUUGCUCACUGCACUAACCACUUUCGAAUUCGACAGGACAGGUAUGUUCGGGACGAUACCGACCGAAAUUGCAAAGUUGACCAAGCUUGAAGAAUUUUUCGCUUUUGAAUCCUCUUUGAGUGGUUCCAUACCAAACGAAAUUGGGGAAACUAACUUGAAAACCUUCGAGGUGUCCAAUACCAGGCUUCGGGGCAACGUACCAGAGCAGCUUUGGAGUUUGACAUUUCUUCAGUCAUUGAAGAUUUUCGAUACAGAACUUGAUGGAAGCAUAUCUACAAGGAUUGGACAGCUGAGAUUUCUGCAACAGCUGGAAAUCGACUUAUGUUUUUUCACAGGCACGAUUCCAUCUGAGAUUGGAGAAUUAACUUCUCUAAAAUUCAUGACGGCGUUCUCGAACAUGUUCGAUGGACAAAUUCCAAGUGAAAUUGGUUUGCUAACCUUUCUCACACAAUUGGAGCUGGACACCAAUUUCCUCACUGGAACGAUUCCGGCGGAGAUUGCAAAUCUUACAUCGCUUGAGGUCUUGCAUCUCUUUAACAAUAGUCUAGCUGGCGACGUCCCACCGCUCCCACGGCUUUCUCGAGAAUGUGAUUUGAGUGACAACUGCUUCUCUGAUAUCACUAACGCCGUUGCCCGGAACUGCGCCGUCGAUAAUGGCAACUGCUAG